AGCGGCGAUAUGGAAGAGGCAGAUCUCCGGGAUCGCGGAAUGCUGAUGGUGUCGUCGAGCUCCACUCUUUGAAGGUGUACCCAGAUGAUAAAUAGGAUUGUUUGAGCGUGUAGUAUAUCAAGAGGCACGCGACUCGCUCUCGAUUAUUUAGUCCUUGGAUCGAAUUGCAAUUAAAUGCAAUUCGAACGGAACCGGCGGACGCUUAUAAAGAAAUCCCAGUUUUGCCGGAGAUGAGCUAACGGUAUGUUAGUGCAAAGCCUACUCAACGUCAUCAUCCUGAUCAGUUGUGCGAAAGCAUGGCCGAACAUGAUCCAAAAGCUCGCGUUCGAGAAAGACCUAUCGCAGUUCUACUCAAUGCUAGUGGACAAUCGGUACGCAAAGUCCAGUUUGAGCUACCGGGAAUUGACGAUCUUCGCUCCAACCAAUAAGGCUUUCAAGAACUUCAAUGGAACGAUUACACCUAAUUUGGUUUUGUACCAUGUAGUUCCAAUGGCCAGGACUUUGGAGAACUUGCACGAAGCUUCGUUAGAUCCGAUCUUAGAAGAACAUCCACCUUUGUGGAUCAACAACGAUGGUAAAAACAUAUUCAUCAAUAACGCCAGACUUCUGUUCAACGCGUCCAAUUUCAUCAUCCGAACCAGAGCGGAUCUUUACGGAAAAACCCAAGUAUUGCACGUGAUCGAUGAAGUAUUAACGCCAAUGAACGGAAUAGCUGUGAAGCCUACAGCUUACGAUUUCUUGGUGCAACCGCGCUUCUGGCAGUUCGUUCCGCACACUUUCGGUGGAUUCUACAAGAAGGUGGUGCAGAAUCGCGCUCAACAUCUGUUCAAAAGCGAUUUCGGAAACACCUUCUUUUUGCCGGCCGAUCAAUUCAUCUUCCAAAACACUUUAUCGCGAAUCGACAGGGAUACAAUAGAAACGCAUAUAAUACCAAAGAAGAUCAUUUUCACGCGCUCCGCCAAAGACGAGUUUUCUUACACAACCAAAGGUUCCGAUAAGGAGUUUUACGAUACCAUAGAGUUUCUGGAUGGGCACGUGAGGAUCACGAGGGUUUCGCGGAAGACCCAUCAAAUAACUAACAGCAAGACGGUGCAAAUUCUAGCUGCAAAUAUCCCGGUGAGGAAUGGCGUUGUGCACGUUGUUAAAGAACCUUUGGGGCUUUACGAUAGGCGCUUAACGAAGUUCCCGUAUCUGCCGUUAAUGUAUAAGCUGCAAAACGAUCCAACGUUGAACAUAAGCAAUUUUUUGUUUGAGAAAACGAAAAUAAUCGAUUUGCUGGAUGAUUAUAGCAAUGCUACACUCUUCAUACCAAACGAUCACGCUUGGACAAUGGUUGCUGAAAAUUUGGGUGUCAAUGUAACGCUUUUAUCGUCACCCGUUUUCCUCGACAGAGCCAAAAUCAUAAUGCGCAGACACAUAGCUAUGGGUGAAUAUUUCAGUUUGCAACGUCUGGUGGACAUCACCAACAAUUUGCGAAACAGGGAAGUCAUCAUUGACGUGGGCGUAACGAAACUGUUGAUCAAAGUCGCCAAAAUCGAUGGGAACGCUUACAUAUUUUGGGGCAAAAGCAUCAUUAAGAUUCUUCGGCCCGACUACGAAUGCACUAACGGCGUCAUUCACAUCAUCGAUUCUCCGUUCGUUUUCGAGGAGGAAUUAAUCGACCUGCCACUAGACACACCGACAAACUACUUAAAAGGCGCCUGGAAAAUGCUCAAACUUAUGCUAAUCUGAAUCGAUAGUCGUUUUUUUUUAGUUCUACGUAGUUAUUAAGUGAAGAAGCUUACGUCGUUCGAGUUGUUGGCCCUGAACAGGUAGCAGUAUAGGAGUUGCUCCGCAUCGUCCCUUAAAAGAUAGAGGAAAGUACUUGGAUUUUGAUCCGCUUGCGAGAAGCGUGUCAUCAGGGACACUCUGUGAGCGAACUGGAUCUCAAAGUCCGCGUUGUAAGCCUGAAGUUGUCCAUCCUCGACGCCCAAACUCAACUGCAACAAAUAAACAAUACAAAAUAAAACACUGUAACCUGAGCUAAAUAAACUUAUAUUUUUUUUGUUGA